CAGCGUGACGUCAUGUUCGCCGGGCAGGCGAAGAAAGAGGACGCCAUGAUUGGUUGGCGCUGGGGCGGCGGGCGGUGGAAGGGCCUGGGGAGUCCAGGUUUCACGCCUGUGCUGGACUUUCUCCUUCCAUGUUUCCAGGCCGUGGGGGGCUACAGAGAGCAAGGAGUCGGCUCAGCGGAAACCUGGAUUUGGUUUUAAGCCGUGGGGUUCAGAGGGGGUGACCGGAAGUGAUCGUGGGACUGACCGGAAGCGAGGCCUGGAGGGGAAAGAGAGAGCGAGCCCUGGGAGGGAGGGGGCCUCCAGCAGAAAGGGGCGGGGGAAAAGGUGCAAAAGCAGCGUGGGAGCGCCGGGCUAGCUUCCUGCGGCUGCUGCUGGUCUGUCUGGGAAGCAGCAAGCCACCACUACGAACUCUCAAGAGGGUAUCUUAAGGAGUGGGAGUGCGGGAGUCCAGAGCUGCUUCUGGGAAGUCUGCAGUAGUUGAGCAAAGGGGUCCUCACGUUCCUGAGACCUGAGCAGGGGGGAUUUGGAACCUGGGGCAACCAAGAACUAGCAGCCAAGGAUACGGGAGAUUAGUUAUACGAGCAGUGCUGGUCGGGCUUGGGGGUGGCUGGUGGGCACUCCGUGGGAAACCUUGGUUUGUAGUUUCCCACUGUGUUACUCCUGUUGGGUAGAAUUACCCUCCGCGCCUUUGUACAAGACACAGUGUCUCCUGGGGCAGGGAAGGAGCCAGGAUGGCCUGGGCUCUGAAGCUGCCUCUGGCCGACGAAGUGAUUGAAUCCGGGUUGGUGCAGGACUUUGAUGCUAGCCUGUCUGGGAUCGGCCAGGAACUGGGUGCUGGUGCCUAUAGCAUGAGUGAUGUCCUCGCAUUGCCCAUUUUUAAGCAAGAAGAGUCAAGUUUGCCUCCUGAUAAUGAGAAUAAAAUCCUGCCUUUUCAAUAUGUGCUUUGUGCUGCUACCUCUCCAGCAGUGAAACUCCAUGAUGAAACCCUAACGUAUCUCAAUCAAGGACAGUCUUAUGAAAUUCGAAUGCUAGACAAUAGGAAACUUGGAGAACUUCCAGAAAUUAAUGGCAAAUUGGUGAAGAGUAUAUUCCGUGUGGUGUUCCAUGACAGAAGGCUACAGUACACUGAGCAUCAGCAGCUAGAGGGUUGGAGGUGGAACCGACCUGGGGACAGAAUUCUUGACAUAGAUAUCCCAAUGUCUGUGGGUAUAAUCGAUCCUAGGGCUAAUCCAACUCAACUCAAUACAGUGGAGUUCCUGUGGGACCCUGCAAAGAGGACAUCUGUGUUUAUUCAGGUGCACUGUAUUAGUACAGAGUUCACUAUGAGGAAACAUGGUGGAGAAAAGGGGGUGCCAUUCCGAGUACAAAUAGAUACCUUCAAGGAGAAUGAAAACGGGGAAUAUACUGAGCACUUACACUCGGCCAGCUGCCAGAUCAAAGUUUUCAAGCCCAAAGGUGCAGACAGAAAGCAAAAAACCGAUAGGGAAAAAAUGGAGAAACGAACACCUCAUGAAAAGGAGAAAUAUCAACCUUCCUAUGAGACAACCAUACUCACAGAGUGUUCUCCAUGGCCCGAGAUCACAUAUGUCAAUAAUUCCCCAUCACCUGGCUUCAACAGUUCCCAUAGCAGUUUUUCUCUUGGGGAAGGAAAUGGUUCACCAAACCACCAGCCAGAGCCACCCCCUCCAGUCACAGAUAACCUCUUACCAACAACCACACCUCAGGAAGCUCAGCAGUGGUUGCAUCGAAAUCGUUUUUCUACAUUCACAAGGCUUUUCACAAACUUCUCAGAUAAGUGUUCUGAUAAUGACAGUAAGACCUUUGUGGGAAGAUCUGGUAAUGUAAGACUAAUUAGCCUUUUUCCUCCCCUUAGGAUGGUGCGUCCAAGGUUAACCAUUUAUGUUUGUCAGGAGUCACUGCAGUUGAGGGAGCAGCAACAACAGCAGCAGCAACAGCAGCAGAAGCAGGAGGAUAGAGACUCAAAUGGCACUUUCUUCGUUUACCAUGCCAUCUAUCUAGAAGAACUGACAGCUGUUGAAUUGACAGAAAAAAUUGCUCAGCUUUUCAGCAUUUCCCCUUGCCAGAUCAGCCAGAUUUACAAGCAGGGGCCAACAGGAAUUCAUGUGCUCAUCAGUGAUGAGAUGAUACAGAACUUUCAGGAGGAAGCAUGUUUUAUUCUGGACACAAUGAAAGCAGAAACCAACGAUAGCUAUCAUAUUAUACUGAAGUAGGAGUGCGGUGUUUCGUGCCCAGUGGCUGCUGCUUCCUUCACCUCUGAAAAUGGCCCUCUCAAAGGGGGAUAUGAAUGGAGAUUUGAAGGUCUGCAAGAACCUGACUCAUCUGACUAUGUGUGGAGGAGUCCAGGCCAUGGAGGCAGAAUCCUGGUCCUUUGUGUUGGCCCAAGCUCUUGUGGCACACACAGAUUACUGUCCAACAUGCAGUUCUGCAGCUGUUUCUUAGUUUAAAUUUCUGGACUUGUUGUUGUGGAAUAUCAGUAGAAACUCUACAUAAUUUAGAGUGUAUGUAGAGCAUAAUGAUGAUGGGAAUUGUGUGAUGUUUAACAGGAAGAUCUUAAAUUUUGUGAUAUGGAGCCAUGUAAUUUUUUUCUUAUAUAAAAAUGGGUAUCUAUAUUCAUAAAACUAGAUCUUCAAUCUCUUUGUACUGGUCUCAAAUGUACUGGUAUCUCUGCUUUUUGCCAUAGUUUGUCCCUGAAAACUUUAUCAGUGAGGAGAAAUACAGAGACAGAAUUUUCCUUUUGGUUCCCCUGUAAUACCACAACUAAUAUUUUCAGUUAACAUCUAUUGACCAGGCAGUGUGAUAAAUUUUUUGAAUGACCGACCAUCUUGUUUAACCCCCUAAUCACACUAUCUGAAGUAGGUGCUAUAGUGACCCCCAACCGAAGAUGAGGAAAUGGAGACACACAGUGGCUAAGUAGCUUGCUAGGUGCCAGGAGCUGGCAGGCAGUGAUGCUGAAAUCCAAACCAGGCAACCUGGCCCUCCUUAUUCACCUCCUCAUACCACCAAUGCCACCCUUUAUAACCUGUGUUCACUUCACUUGUUACUGUGGCCCUUCUGGUAACUAGGACAUAACACUGAGUAUGAACUGAGGAAUUAACCACUGAAAGAGACAAAGCACACCUAAAUAAUAAUGAACAAAUCAAGACCUACAAAAAAUGAACACAUAUAUGCUUUUUAAUUGUCAUUAGUUAUCGGAAUCAAAGAAUUUGAGGUGGUGACAACUGGGGAUUAUCUGUAACUCCCCAAAUUUACUGUUCUUGAAUGACAUUCUCAAACUAUUUAUUAAUGAGUUAGUCUCAUCCCUGCUUUCUGUUUCCUCUCUCUGCAUCUUCUCUUGGUAUAGGAAGUUAUUUUACUCAUGCUGUGUUUUUAAAUAUAAGCUUUACAAAAAAAGAUGCAUUCCCUUCCUGUUCACACUCUUACCACGUUUUUGUUCUUCCUUAAGAAUGAUUGUGUGUGUGUGUAAGUGUAACAUCAUGGGUUUUCUUUCUUCACUUGUAAAGUUUUAUCUGGAAAUACUUUUACAGGUUAUGUUGAGGUAAACAAAGAUAAUGUUUUAAGAUCGUGUAUUGGAUUUGGAUUUGUGUGUGUGUGUGCGUGUGCGUGUGUGUGUGUGUGUUUAAAGCAUUUGAUAAGGUUUAAAUGUUUUUUAUACAGAGAUUUUUGUUCAUUAAACUCAGUCUGCAUCAUG